AUGGAACUAAAAGGUGUAGAGGAGCAUUUGAUUGGUGAAUCACACGCAAGUGAUGAAGACUUGAGGCUCCCCUGCGAUAUGUUCCGCAGUAGGUUACAAUACGAAAUGGUCCGUCACAGGGUUGACCUCAUUCCGCUAGGCUUAGAGUUAGCAGUGAUUGCCUUUUUGAUUUAUAUGGCAUUUCAAGCUGAUAAUGAAGACGACAGGAUUGUGAUUCCAAUUCUUGCCAUACUUUUCGGAUCGGCGGUUAUGCUGUUAACAGGUGCGAUCACAUAUCAUGUCGUGCAUGGGCGGGUGGCGACCUUGGCUAACAAAUUGACGUUUAUGAAGGAGAUAGCCAUGGUAAAACCAGGAAUCGAAAUGAGGGAAUGGGAUGUGAUUGCAGCCAGAAUGAACCGUGUUUUGUAUAACAGCAGCCCGUUGGUAACACCUUAUUUCUUUUACGAUGGUGAGUCCUGCUAUUCCUAUUUUGCUAGUACCUAUCUAAAGCCGUACUUGAAAAGAAAAGACAGCAAUGACACCAACAACACCAGUCGAACCAAUGGUACCAAUGCCACAAAUGGUACCAAUGCCACAAAUGACACAACUGACACAAAUGGAACCAAUGACGCAAAUAGCACCAAUGCUACAUACAAACCCCCAAUUGAUGUCUUACAGCCUUUCAUUGACCAAGCUAUAGAGGCAUACGAAGGAAGAGCGAACGAGGACUGGCAACGAGUAAUGAAUGGUAGCUCGUCUCUGGAAAACUAG